AUGUAUAGGGAAUUUUUAUUUCGCUUUUGUAGGAGCCGGGCUAUUUUGACAUCCGUUAGGAACCGUUUUUCUCCAUCAAUACCAGCCUCAUCAUUGGUAUACCAUGUAUCACGCGCAUUUUCACAGGAUUCUGGUAAAUUUCCAAACAAAAAUGGUCCUAAUUGGAAUGCACACAACGAUAGGUUGCCGAUUUCUUCGAUCUAUAUCGCACAAACCACUUUCUAUGCACCACAGAAGCGGCCUUUUGGAACCCCACAUAACCAUGGAAGUCUUUCCACCGUUUCCUCUCCUUUCAAGAUGAAAAAGACGGAAGCUGCACAACUGACGCGUCAUAAGGAUCCUCCGCGAAGGUUAGGGACGUCCCACCUCCCUCAUGCGGUGCGCGCUAACUUUCCGACCGAAAAGGGUCCUUCUGACCCCCACGCCGCGCCGCCUACGAAGGCUAAUUUAUAUAAUCUUUUUUGCGAUCACAAUUUCAAUGAUACUAUCGCGUGUUUUCCAUCCUUUGUCGUCCCGGUUUGCGCGUUAUGGGGGUUAUCUUGUAAGGACUCCAACGAAAUUCCGACCUCGGUGCGUGAAAUUUCCACAAACCCGCUAACAGAGGCGGAGAAGACGAAGAAGGACGUGGUCAAGAAAUUACUUAUGAAGAAUAAAAAGUAUUUGAUGUAUGUAAACCCGUUUACAAAUGAUGAGAUUCUUCCGCGGUUAGACUCAGAGAAGCGGAAGGAGUGGUUAAGUAAUCACCCAAACCAUCUCUCCGUGUAUGCAUUGUGGGAGCUGGGAUAUGUUUCGCUUCAUCCGAAAGUUGUGUCCGAUAUUUCAACCGAUUUCACAUAUUGGAAUAUUAUUUCCUCCACAAAUAAGAACUUGGAGGAUUUGAGAGUGAAGGAAUUCGCGUGGUAUCGUCUCGCAUCUCUUUUUCCUCACGUUUGCGAGGAAAUUGAACUCACCGAGGGGUGGUUUGCGAAGGCAAAAGAGCUACUUCCUCCUAAUUUAUCCCCUCUUCAGGUUUUAUGCAGCGCUCCACAUUUAUUUAAAACUUAUUCUCGAGAUAUUUCCGAAGGAGUUCCCUACGAGGGGUAUUCAGAUUCGUCUAAUCACACGAAAAUUCAACUUUAUUCUCAGUUUAUUUUGGAUAAUCAAUAUGCCAUGACGGUAAAUGAAUCAGAAGAGGAACUCCGAGCUAAGUUGGAAGAGACAAGUAAAAGGAAAAAAAAUCGUUCAUCGGACCUGAACACUAGCGUUCCAAUUAAUAGGCGAAAACGCCGAAGAAUUCGGCGUAGACUUCAUUAUCUUACGAAUCGAACCCCCUUUUUCGACGAGCGGGUGCUCAUUCAAUUCGUUUUUGACCAUUUACCGGAAGAUAAGUCAAUUUCUUUCAAUGAACUUCUAGAUAAUUUACCGGAUGACGUGACACAUUGCUUUCCGGGGGAGAUAAUACCUCUUUUUUCUCGUUAUCCGUCGUAUUUUCACGUCUUCUAUGAUAACGACGCCAUGAUUCAACGUGCAGAUUUACCCAAGAACACACGCUUAUUGAAAGAUAUCACCGCAGGUGAGAUAUUGCAGGAAUUUUUUCUUCGAUAUCCUUAUCGUGAGCACCCUGAAAAGGGAACUUGCAUUUAUUGGUAUUUAUCCAUACUUCCAUCGGGAAUUGUGCGUCGCCUAAACACAUGUCUAAACUUCGAGGAGGAGGUACUGCGGAAAUUUCCCGAAAAAGUUGAAAUCUUACCUCUAGAACAGAACGGUUUAACCGAAGAGGAAAAGAAGGAAAUAAUGAGGUUAUAUAUCAAUAAAAGGCAUUUUUUCAUCCCGUUUAGGUUUUUAGGUGAUUGGAGAAAACAACUGGAGGAUCGAUACUAUAAAUUUAUCAUGAAGAAAAAAAGAUCUAUUUCUUCCACGGUAACCGAAAAAGAUAGUAAAUUAAAGGAUAAACUUUCAUAG